UGGCCUGUCAACUUGCUGGAGGCCAUAGGUGGAGGGUCUGUGAACUUACAGAGCUCUGGUAGUUCUGUCAGCAUUUAGUGUGUUCGGAACCUGACAUCCUGGUCCCAAACUCCCAGGCUGCACCUCCUCUGUCCUGCAAAGAAGUGUCCCUACAUCUUAACCGGUAACCAGUUGGCUGACUGCACCAUUACACUUACAUUGGCCCUUGACUUCCUCUCUCACGUGACCACACCCCUUCCUUUGCAUCCAAUCCUGACAUGGAACCCAUCAAGGUCCAAUCAGAAGGCGGACUGAAUGUGACCCUCACCAUCAGGCUGCUGAUGCAUGGCAAGGAGGUUGGAAGCAUCAUAGGAAAGAAAGGAGAAACAGUGAAGAAAAUGCGUGAAGAUAGCGGUGCCCGUAUUAACAUCUCAGAGGGUAAUUGCCCCGAACGGAUAGUCACCAUCACUGGACCAACAGAUGCCAUUUUCAAGGCCUUCGCCAUGAUAGCCUACAAGUUCGAGGAGGAUAUAAUCAACUCCAUGAGCAACAGUCCAGCCACCAGCAAACCGCCUGUAACUCUGAGGCUUGUCGUUCCAGCCAGCCAGUGCGGCUCCCUCAUUGGAAAAGGAGGCUCCAAAAUCAAAGAAAUGAGAGAGUCCACAGGAGCACAGGUCCAGGUUGCAGGUGAUAUGCUACCCAACUCCACUGAGAGAGCAGUGACCAUCUCAGGGGCCCCCGAAGCCAUCAUCCAGUGUGUCAAACAGAUAUGUGUGGUCAUGCUUGAGUCCCCACCGAAAGGUGCCACUAUCCCCUACCGCCCCAAGCCUGCCUCCACCCCUGUCAUUUUUUCAGGUGGCCAGGUAAGAGCGGACCCACUGGGGGCGUCCACAGCCAACCUCAGCCUCUUACUGCAACACCAGCCACUGCCUGCUUAUACCAUUCAAGGACAAUAUGCCAUCCCACAUCCAGAUCAGUUGAGCAAGCUCCACCAGUUGGCUAUGCAGCAAACCCCCUUUACCCCCCUCGGACAGACCACCCCUGCCUUCCCUGCAGCAGGUCUGGAUGCCAGUAACCAGGCCAGUACUCAUGAACUCUCCAUUCCCAAUGAUCUAAUAGGCUGCAUAAUCGGACGCCAGGGAACCAAAAUCAACGAGAUCCGUCAGAUGUCUGGGGCGCAGAUCAAAAUUGCUAACGCUAUGGAAGGGUCAUCGGAGCGUCAGAUCACCAUCACAGGAACCCCUGCCAACAUCAGCCUGGCCCAGUACCUCAUCAACGCAAGGUUCAGAGACGUGGCAGCCAUGUGGAAUGACCCAUCUUCCAUGACCACAUCCUGAAAUCUCUGACUGGCUCUUCCAUUUGGCCCUUUCCAAUAACUGACUACUGCAGACAACCCCAAUGAAGCCCUUCGGACUCUGGCUCUGGUUCUCCGAAAACCCUGAUCACCCCCCCACCCCCCACCCUGGCUGACCCACAUUUAUGCAUCAGGGAGGGUUGGAGGCUUAUUUGUUUCAGAGAGCCAAACUAAAUUUAAAAAAUUAAAUAAAAAAGUAUGUUUUUUGUUUGUUUGUUUUGUUUUUUUUAGCAUGGGUUUAAAGCAUGUUGAAUGUUUAUUAGAAACAAAUUGUGUUAUUCUUCUUUUCUUUAUUGCUUUAUCUUUCUGUCAGUGCUGUGUGGUAGAAACAC